AUGCAAAGUGCCGUCAAACGGUUUGCGGCCUUCUUCUCGGCUACCCCCACCGUGCCCCAACUCCAAGCGUGUGAAGAACUGCCAGAUGAGUUGUUGCACUUGAUUAUUUCUCUCUUAUGCUUCUUCCGUGACCUUCUCGCCUUCGCUGCAACCUGUCACUCUUGGCGUGCUGCAUUCUCCUCAUACCCAUCCAAAUCUACAUUCUGCUCUGUGUGUCCGCCUCUGCUAGUGAAGCUCGUCCCCAGUGCUCAAGCUCCUCACGAUGACCGUAAGCUACGCACAUGUAAAGUCAUCGACCCAGCGAACGAAAACACCACCCUUCACUGCCAGAUUCCUCAAGAAGCUCUUGAUAACUCAGCGUGUUAUCAUGCUUGCUACUCAUAUGGCCAACUGAUCUGUUAUCGCCGCGAAUAUUUCUGUAUUGUUGAUGUGUUCACCAGCGCCGAGGUUUCAUCUCCUCCUCUCCCAUUGAGCAGCAAUGACUGUCACAAGUUCUUCUACUGUGCCAUUCUAACAGCUCCGCUUGCAUCACGCAACUCACACCUCCUCAUCAGCACUCGCUUGUUUCUCUAUGAUUGGCUGGUUGGAAGCGACUCUUGGUCUGAACUCAGUCUUUCUGAACGGCUGCAUCAGAUUGUGCAUCACGACAGUCAGUUCAUCGCUAUGGAUAGUCAAUCGAGUCUCUACACUCUGCAGCUAGCUCCCCGACUUAGCCUGCAGAAGCUAAUAACGAAGCAGUUGGACAACCUGACUGCAUCUGCAUAUUCGCCGCCAUGGAUAGUGGUGUGCGGUGACAUGCUUGUCAUGGUCAAGAAUAAGCAUGCCUUUCGCCUCGAUAUGUCAGCCAAGCCUGCAGAAUGGGUGGAGGUGAAGCUGGGUAACUGGGCAUUGUUUGAGUCUGGUGAUGUGAGGAGCCCUGUAUUUUCUUGCAUUAACCCAGAACGAUGGGGAGGGUGGAGCAGCCGCUUGUACCAUGCCCAUAGCCCUCACCCUUUGAUUUUACCUUGGCAUUCACCUUGGAUUGUUCUCAAACUGGGUUCGUAUCACGUACCGAGGCAAUACUCCUACAAGAAAUGGUUCCGCGCGCUGCAGGCUAUCUGGGUGUACCCAAGCAUGUUCUGCGCCGAUGGCCAGUGA